AAAAAAACAAAAAAAGGAAGAAGGAAAAUUUGUUCAGCUCACGCCAUUGCCAUUCGCCGUUGAGGAUGAAAACUUUCGGAAACUUUUCGCCUUCAUUUUAACCUGCUAUUUGUAUAAAGAACUGCGGCUGACAAGAAUUAUAUCUGGACUGGAAAUAUUCGCCUCUUGUUUGUGUACAUGUGAGAGGAUUAUACCUGAAUAACUCACACUUUCAUCGACAUUUAAAGGAAACUGAGGGGAUUUUACAUGCUAGUCAUAUUUUAAACACUUCUCAGAGACACCAAACAGCCAUGUCGGGGGGUAUCGGUAUAUAUGCGGCCAAGAAACGGAAGAAGCCCGUUCAGAAAAUACCCAAACCACCACCACCUGAUGGUGUCAAAUCCAACCCCUCCAAGCGGCACAGAGACCGGCUAAACAGCGAAUUGGAUAAGCUGACUAACCUUCUACCCUUCUCAGAAGAUGUCCGUGCACGGCUGGACAAACUGUCAGUGCUUCGACUCAGUGUUGGAUACCUGAAAGUGAAGAGCUUCUUCAAUGCCACAAUCAAAAAGACAGGAGGAAACGGAUGGCUAAAUGACCGGUCAGGGACAUUUGGAGGAAAUGGACAGACAGCCACCAGUCUGGAUGGAGUCAGUUUCUCGGAAGGGGACCUGUUGUUGCAGGCCCUCAAUGGCUUUGUGCUGGUUGUCACCGCCGAAGGUUAUGUGUUUUAUGCGUCUCCAACUAUACAGGACUACCUGGGCUUCCAUCAGUCGGAUGUGGUCCACCAGAGUGUAUUUGAGCUUAUCCAUACAGACGAUCGGGCAAUGUUCCGCAGACAACUACACUUCGCUCUCAAUCCCACCACGUGCGAUGGCAACGAAGGAUCCGAUGCAAUGCAGAGCAGCAGUGACAUCACCAGAGACAUGAUAAACUACAACCCUCAACACAUCCCUCCAGAAAACUCGUCUUUCCUGGAACGAAGUUUCUGCUGCCGAUUCCGGUGCCUCCUUGACAACUCAUCAGGCUUCCUGGCCCUGAACUUCCAAGGAAGGCUAAAAUAUCUCCAUGGGCAAAAUAAGUUGUCGGAAGAUGGGACCUUGGCCCACCCUCAGCUGGCUCUUUUUAUCAUAGCCACACCCCUCCAGCCACCCUCAAUCUUGGAAAUCAGGAGCAAGACUCUUCUUUUCCAAACCAAACACAAGCUGGACUUCACACCCAUGGGUAUCGACACAAGAGGGAAGGUGGUACUUGGCUACACUGAGAUUGAGCUAUGUAUGAGAGGCUCUGGUUAUCAGUUCAUUCACGCUGCUGACAUGAUGUACUGUGCUGAUAACCACAUCAGAAUGAUAAAGACAGGAGAAAGUGGUUUAACCGUCUUCAGACUUCUCUCGAAAGGGGGUGCAUGGAUAUGGGUGCAGGCCAAUGCUAGGCUUGUUUAUAAAGGAGGAAGACCAGACUUCAUUAUUGCUCGACAGAGAGCACUAACUAAUGAGGAGGGUGAGGAACACCUCCGUCAAAGAAAGUUGCAGCUACCCUUUAACUGCGCCACUGGUGAGGGUGUCUUGUAUGAGACUGGCCCCACACUGGACAUCAUCACUGACAUUCAAAAUCAGAACAAAGGCCAGAAGAUGCACAGACCUUCAUCGCUGGACCCAGAUUCUCUUCUUGGCUCCAUGCUGAAGCAGGAUCAUUCAGUCUACAACCAGAACAAUGACCCCAGUUCCCAGUUUAUGCUUGACAAGGCUUUCAUGGAUAGCCACGCCCUGCUCAAUGUCCCUGGGAACACCUGGCAGCCAUCAACCCCAAACACAGUAGCAGAGAUAAAGGAGGAAGGUAUGGUAAAGGACAUGAUGGAAACCUUGCAGCAGAUUAUCGGAGACAGCGCUCUUUGUGACACCCUUCAGGAUUUUGAUGUCGACAAAUUAGAGCUGAAAGAGUGGGAGAACACUCUGCUCAGGAUGCACUACAACAAUGAUAUGGAUCUUAACAAAAUCAUCACCAACGACAUCCUCUCCUAUGUCGAGGAUGCACUUUUCAAGGAAAAUGGUGUUCAGUUGCCUGAACAGCUAAAGGAUCAGGGUCCAUUUGUUGAAGUGCCAGAGUGUCUUCCAGAGAUGGAGUUACAGAAUGAAAUAGCUGCUAACCAGGCAUUCAACUGCCAGGCAGGGAUUCUUGGUGGAUCCCCAGGUCAGGGUGGGUUCAUCAGAAUCCAAGAUGGAGUGGAUGCCAAUAGCUCUGGAAGAGGGCUGGAGAAGCUCACCCAUCUGGGGCCACAGAUUUUACCUGGCGACACUUUCGUUCAAUCAUUCGGACUAGAUCAGACAGCCCAAAAUAUGUCCAGCAAUAAUAACAUCAUGUUUAAUCCUUCUCGUGCCAUGCAGUGUAGUCAGCAGCCGAACCAAGUCAGGCUUGGUCUGCAAGGUGCUGUGCAAGAGAACGGAAUGGUGCCCUGUGGCCAGAGAAACCUACAGACUGGAAACCAGCCCCAUCCCAAUGCAAUGACUCUCCCUCUUCAAAGCCCUCUAUUGCAGGGCACUUCCGCCUUGCCGAUGGGCUUCCACAAUCAGAAUUUGCUUCCCCAACAACCGUCAAUCAGUCAGAAUCCUCAGUGGAUAUCCGACGGCAACAAUAUGGUGGACAACCUGCUGAACUCUUGCAGCCAUAACGUUUCAGGUCCACAAGAUGCAGGACUGCACUCUGGCCCAACUACCCACUUACAAGGACAGUUUUCUCUUCACACUCAAAACCCUGCCAAUCCAGGACUGCCUGCCUGGCAACCAUCCCAGCCUACCCCUCAGCAGGUCCCUAAAUCGUUUUCCAGCGGGCCUCAGAAUAUGACGGGCUUCAUCGGCCAAGUGAAAGACUUCCAAAGAGACCCGCUUGGACAACUGUUGUCACACACAAACGCACAAGGAUUCGGGUCUGGCCUCCUUCCCCAGACAACUGCAAAUAGCGUCUAUCCUCAGGAGACCACCAACAGCUGCAUGUUCACAAGCACUCCUCAACCGUCGGUGAAUGGGAUGCAGUAUGGUUCUGCAGAUCCAAUAUCUUCAAUGUCAUCCUGCCAGAGGGCUAAAAGUCUGAUUACCCAAAGUCCGACACAAGCAUCCUGUUACUACCAGAGAGGUCUUAGCGAGACAAUCGUGGACAUGUCGGUCAUCCCACAGGAGAACACCAACAUCGGCCCCAUGGCCUGUCAAGUCCCACUUGGAUUAACUCCAGAAAACAUACUUGCUCAGCAGUAUCUCUCCUGCAAUGGCCAGACACAGAUCCCAAACCGUCCACUUGAGGAGAAAGGAACGUUCCUCUUCCCCUCACUGACCAAUGGAACCACCUACUUUUCUGAGAACAACCAAAGCAAUUGCUGUGACUAUUAGUGGUAGAUCCCACCCAAUGCAGCGAAUGACACAUCAACAGUGCAGUACCUGUUUCUUGGAAAAAACGCACGCAUAAAUACAGCAACUUGUUUGUCCCUCGAGAGAGAUGCAUCCGCUUCUGAUGACACUCUUGGCUGAAAACCUACAAGACAUUACUAAUCUUUAAAAGCGAUUUUUACCACACAUUUUUUCACACUUAUCUACUUAUUCACUUACACACCUCUCUGAUGAGAAAUAAGCAGUGACAGAAAGUUCAUAUUUAUUUUUUAAAGCUUAUCCUUUUGUCCCUGAUGGAUCUUGUUUUGUUUCGCCAUUCCUGCAAGAAAAAAAGAGUGAGAUAGAGAGCGUAAUAGCAAGGAGAGGUGUGUGAGCAAGUGCAUGUUUGUGUAUAUGUGUGUGCGAGGAAGCCUAGAGUUCAUUUAUGAAGUAUGCAGAAGGAACGGAGGAAUCUUUUAAUUACGGAGACGAGAUUCUGAGGAAAUAAAUUCAAGGUGCACACAAGAUGCUAUUUAGUGGGCAAAAAGGGAAAGUCUAUCUCAUUAGAGAGUGCAAUGGCCUCAGCCAGGCACUUUUAUUUUGCCACCUAUGCACUUAAGAAGGUGAAAUUGACCACCUGUAGACCUUUAACCUUAGUGUUAUCAAUGUAUCCCACUUUUAAGACAUCAUUUUGUCUAGAGAAAUUAAUACUCUACUAAUGACCUCUGUGGCAUCAAUGGACUGUCAGAACAAAUCAUUGAUUUGUUGACUGCAAAAUUGUCCCAGACCUUCCCUGAAGCUUGACCUUCUUUACGGAAAACAGCUAAAGUUGCCGAGGGCAAAUUUGGGUUAAAAAAAACACCACCGAAAUCAAUAGACCCAGGAAAUACGCCCCUUUUUCUGCUACACAACACUUUUCCAUUCAAGGAGUAAAAAUGAAACAGUAAAGUCUUUAGUACAGUCUGCUCUUGCCACCCUUUUAUGGUUGCCUUAACCAUAUGUUUCAUGUGUAUUACAACAAUAUCUGAAUGUUAUUGCUUAUCAUUUAUUUGUUCAUUUUUGUUUAAUAAUUGUCUUUUGUACUUUUGUAUGCAUAUACUCGAAAUUAUGGAAAUGCCAUUGAGCCAUUUUUGUCCACUUUUAAUUUGCUGAUUACACUCUUGCUUUCUAUUUGCUUUCUAUUCGCUUAUAUGGAAGAAUUUUAGGAAUUCUUAAACCGUGUUGCGUGCCAUGAGAAUCACAACAGCCAGCGUAUCCUGCCUCCAGAGGAAAUGUAAAAUGUAGUGACAGAAAAAGAGAGUUUUGAGAAGACAUCACAGAAGAUUUGAUUCAUUUUUACGGCCACAGUGAAAUUUUAAUGACUUCUAUACUCGUCUAUAGUAUCUUUCUUGGUCAGUCAGGAAAUAUAGCAGCAGCCAAAAAGUUCAGACCAAGCACAAUGUGUGGAAUGUGCUUAAGAACGAUUUCUGUGAAUCGUUCGUAAAACAAUUUUAUGCAUAGAAUUGCCCCUUUGUGUCUUUUUUUUUUGGAAGAAUUUAAAGCCAUUUGAUUCAACUGUAUCAGCAUUUUGAAUGUGUAAAUAUACCAAAACAUAUUUGUAUGAGAUUUCUCGUAGCUGCAGAAAUAUGACUGAUUGGUUUUAUUGUAUAUAAAAAAAGAUCGCUACCUACUUUUUGAAAAGGCUUUUUACCUUGUCUUGUAGAAACUUGUGUUUUAGACUGCUGUUGCUUCUGAGAUUUGUUCUUUCUCCCUGCAGUAAGAACAGAAAGUUUUGGUGUGAUGGUAACAGCACAUAUGUACAACCACAAACUCAUGCACCCGAAGCCUUUUCCUUUCAUCAUCUGAAAUGGGAACACUCUGCCUUAAUUUCUUUCUCCCCAAAGGAUAUUUCACUUAUUCCCUCCCAUUUUCGCUCUCUUUGGAUGAAAUGAUCGUGGUUUGCAGAGGAGAAAGGAAUUGAAAUGGCAGCUAUAAUUGAAUCUGAGAAGCAAAGUUUUUAACAACUGGUUGUUGUUAGCAUGGACGGAAUCGAUUAUGCUAGUUUGCUGAGUGUUGUACAUAGCCUCACAGUUCAAAAGUUACAGGACACUCAUUCUGCCCAUUUGUCUUCUUAAGUGCCUUAAAACAGCUUUCGUUUUCCGAGAUUAGUGACUUUUUUCUCCCUUUUGGUUUUGUUUGUACUGAAAGCUAAAGGAGUUGGCUUUGAUGUGAUGUAAGAACGUUCUGUAUUUUAUUGCGAGAUGUCUGCUGGUUAAGAGAGGAGGUUAGUAAAUCGCUAAAUCAUCGCUUAAUUGAUGCAUGAUAAGUUGGAUGAUUGAUCCUUUUAUCAGUUUAUAAAGUUGACAGAUUGAUUACGCACAAAUAAAAGUGUUUGGUUCUGAUUUUCCUGCUUUAAAAUCUCUUUCACGCCAUGUCCUAACCAAGCACAACGCAAUAAAGCUCCGUCCACAGUGGUGUAUAUUAAAUCAGUAGUUGUCAAAUGGUUUUGCUUCAAGACAGAUUUUACAGUGGCGUUUAUUAUAUAAAUGUCAUUUCAAUCAAUAGCAUUGUGGCAGAGAUGCCAUUUUAUUCAUAGGAAGUAUGUAAUGUAUCUCAAAUAGGCUACUUUACAAUUACAUUUUUUUCACACUUGUGUGAAAUUGAAAACACAUUUUUUAAUUCUAAUUUUUGCUUUGCUUACUUAAAUGCCCUUAAUAUGGUUUUAUAAUUAUAUUAAUUUAAUAUUAAAUUUAAAACAAUAUCAAUUUCUGCAGUUGUUCACUGUUUAAAACACACUGUGGUUUUUUGAGUCAUAUUUUCCCAUUCAAAACAGACCUGCGAUCCACCGGUUGAAAACCACUGUGUUAAAAAUCAAAUAUUUUUUAAACUGAAAUUUGGCUUUCAGUGAUGAUAGACAGAUAACUUGUCUCUUGAAUCCUGUCCAACUGCUUAGGAAACUGUAUUAGACAGUUUCAUAUUUAUGACCGCAUUAAUGUGCCUAAAUAUUAGUGUUAAUAUUAAUUUGUGACUAGACAAGGUUUAGUGGUCCAGAAAAUUACCCUUUUAUUUGCUGUGCCUGCAAAGUGGCAUUAAAUAAAACCGCUUUAGUGAAUAAAACACCAAUAAUCGACCUCUGCUUUGAACUCCCCCAGUGCCAAAAAAUCAUUCAUACAUGCCCUUGUUAGGACUUCCUCCCCUUCACCACUAAACUACAAAUCCUUUAGGAUAAAACAAUAGCACUUAACACUUCAUAUGCCCGUUUCUUGCAUAAAGUGUUUGUGAAGCCUCUCUUUAAAUGCAGUAUCUUUGUUUAUUUGUUGUAUCAUUGUAUGUUUUUUUUUUUUCUUGUGCUUGUGCACCCAGCAUUGUAAAUGCUUUUACAUGUAGGCUAUCAUAUUAUUUUGUACAUUGUUCCGCACAACUGUAAAAUCUAUACGCAAAUGGAUGUCCCACAAAUAAAAGUUAUACACACACUUUCAUAUUAUAUAUAUAUAAUAUAGCUUUUGUUUGUUUUGUAUUUGUAUUAUCAAUUGAUUUAUUUUUUGUUGUGCCUCUCAUUAUUGAUAUCUUUAUAAUAUUAAAGGAGGUUGAUGACUCAA